AUGUCUCACAGGAAGUUCGAGCACCCAAGACACGGUUCCCUGGGAUUUCUCCCAAGAAAGCGUGCUGCUCGUCACAGAGGAAAAGUGAAGGCCUUCCCCAAGGAUGACCCAACCAAGCCACCAAAGUUUACUGCCUUCUUGGGUUACAAGGCUGGAAUGACCCACAUUGUGAGAGAGGUCGAGAAGCCAGGAUCUAAGCUUCACAAGAAGGAGACUUGUGAGCCUGUUACAAUCAUUGAGACUCCUCCAAUGGUUGUUGUUGGUGUUGUUGGUUAUGUGAAGACUCCACGUGGUCUUCGUACAUUGAACACUGUAUGGACUCAGCAUUUGAGUGAGGAAAUUAAGCGUAGGUUCUAUAAGAACUGGUGCAAGUCCAAGAAGAAGGCUUUCAGCAAGUACUCAAAGCAGUAUGAAAGUGAUGAAGGCAAGAAGAACAUUCAGACUCAGCUUGAGAAACUGAAGAAGUAUGCAACUGUUAUCCGUGUGUUGGCUCACACUCAGAUCAGGAAAAUGAAGGGAUUGAAGCAAAAGAAAGCCCAUAUUAUGGAGAUUCAGAUUAAUGGUGGCACUAUUGCUCAGAAGGUUGACUUUGCAUACAACUUCUUUGAGAAGCAGGUUCCUAUUGAUGCUGUGUUCCAGAAGGAUGAAAUGAUUGACAUCAUUGGAGUGACAAAGGGUAAGGGUUAUGAAGGUGUCGUUACCCGUUGGGGUGUUACUCGUCUCCCCCGUAAGACUCACAGGGGUUUGAGGAAGGUUGCUUGUAUUGGUGCAUGGCAUCCUGCCAGAGUUUCCUUCACUGUUGCCAGGGCUGGUCAGAACGGUUACCACCACCGUACUGAGCUUAACAAGAAGAUUUACAAGCUUGGCAAAACUGGUGAAGAGACCCAUGAUGCCCAGACUGAGUUUGAUAGGACUGAGAAAGACAUCACCCCCAUGGGUGGUUUCCCUCACUAUGGUGUUGUGAAGGAGGACUAUCUGAUGAUCAAGGGAGGCUGUGUUGGUCCCAAGAAGAGAGUCAUUACUUUGCGCCAAUCCCUUCUUAAGCAGACCUCUCGUCUUGCACUUGAGGAUAUCAAGCUCAAGUUUAUUGAUACCUCUUCCAAGUUUGGUCAUGGUCGUUUCCAGACAACACAAGAGAAGCAAAAGUUCUAUGGACGCCUCAAAGCUUAG